AUGGCUCUCAACGUGAAGCCGAAUCCCGGUCACCAUGCCCUAGCAGCUCUAGCAAAGCAUAGGCCAGACUUCCUGUGCUUGACGCAGAACGUUGAUGGCCUAUCACCUCGAGCUGGCCAUCCGUUGGAGCAACUACGCCUUCUGCACGGCUCACUUUUCGAUAUCAAGUGCUUCAACAAGAGUUGCGACUAUAUCGAGCAUGAGAACUAUGCGGAUCCCUUCUUCCCUGCUAUAUCUGCAGCAUCCCAGGAUGUAGAGCCCGGAAAGACGCUACCCCUAUUGGAUCCUUUCAACGAGGAGGUCGCAAAGGUUCCGGAGUCCGAGAUUCCCAAAUGCCCAAAGUGUAAGACCGGUCUGCUGCGACCGGGAGUGCUCUGGUUCAACGAGAUGCUCGAUUUCAACAUGCUCAACGAGGUCGACGACUGGAUCCAGUCUGGCAAAGUUGAUCUCAUGCUGGUCGUGGGCACCUCAGCCGUUGUUCGCCCUGCCUCUGGCUAUAUCCGGAAGGCACAAUACGCAGGUGCCAAGAUCGCGACGAUUAAUAUCGACGCUGAGGAUAAUCCAAAGAAGAUCAGGAAGGGAGACUUUGCGUUUGGAGGAGAUGCGGCGGAGUUACUACCGAAGCUAUUGGAGCCGGUCAUCGGCAAGAUCAGGCGAGACGGGACAUUCGGAGAACCCACGAAGCCAGAAGAAGAUGAGUGA